UAUUAUUUAAAAUGUGUCGUUUUUUGACAUCUUUCGCGAUUCUUGUUUUGUUAUUUCAGCCGACAAAACCUUUCGUACUUACAACCAUUGAAAUAACAGCCGAAUUUCUCGAACUAUUGAGAAAUUUAUACGAAACUUUUAACACAGUCAACGAUAAAGCAGACUUAAUUGACUUGCCAUAUAAGACCAAAGAGGAAAAAUUGUUUGAAAUAUUGGACAACGUCAAUCUUAGGAUUAAACAACUCGAUGACAGACUAUAUGGUUUUGAGCAAAACCUUAAUACGAUUAAUAAGAUGUUGAUUAAUCUCCCACAAGUGAUACGUUUAGAACUGAAUUUGAAUGACAUUCGUAAUAAACAAAGUUUUAUUAUGAAUUAUUAUGAUAAAAUGGAAAAGUACGUGAGAGAUUUUGAUGAAUAUGAAUCUUCCACGAUUACCAACAUUUGUGAUAAUGUUAUAUCAAACAAUCCAAAUUCAGUUCGUUUUUUAAUGGAAGCAAUCUACGAGCAUGUAAUUAGAGACGACUUUUUAAAACAGUUUCAAAAACAAUUCGAGCCCAAAGGAAAUCUUUUUUGUACGGAAGGCCAAUCAUCGCAAGACGUUCUCCACAAAUUUCUAAUCGAAAUUCUUUUAAUCAAUUUCAAGACUUUUUAUCUAGAACGAACAGCUUACACUAUUAAAAAACUGUAUCGACAAGGUAAUUUCACUAAAGAAAGCCAUCUCGCCCAGAAUGAAUAUUUUCGACGACAAAAUUCUCUAAUUAACAAAAUUAGUAAACACAUGAGGAGUUCAUCACGAGAAAUUUGGAGAUGUGAUCCCGACCAACACGUCGAAGGUGAAACUUAUGUGCAAAUAAGAAAUUUUCUUCACGGUUUUAUCCUCAAUAAAGUCAAUCUCGACCCUCAAGGAAAAUGUCGUGACGAAUGUGAUGUUUACAAAAUGACAAAAACGCAAAAAUGUCGUGACAAUAAUUGGUGCAAAAAAGAGCCAUCAUGUUCGAAAAUUGUCAAUUGUCAAUAUCUCGAUUCUUCAAUGAGAGUUUGUUCGAAUUCAAUGAAUAAACAUAACAGAAGGUAUCAGUAUGUAGAAUUGGGAAAUGGGCAAGUUUUAGGGGAAAAACAGGUUUGCCAAGGUUACAAAACCGAUUUGUCCACAUAUAUUGAUUGGGUGAUUUGGCGAUGUUCUUAUUGUUUUUGUUUGUGUGACGAAGGACCGAAAUAUUAUUCAGACAGAUACAUUAAUUUAAGGCUCAGUAUGGCAAAUUUGACUGAUAACAGAGUUGUCACAGGUUUGAGGUUUGUGAAACACAACAAAAUCAUCCAUUUGCAAAUCCAGGAAGGUAAACUCCUGGAAGGAGGAAAAAUCGCCCCGGAUUCCGUCCACUGGGUCCCCCCGGAAGAUUACAAAACAACUGAUCGAUAUAUUCAUGAAGGUCAAGACUACCAUAUUAUCACUUGGGAACAAAGAAGCAUCGAACUUAGUGAAUUAAUGGCGCAAAAAGGAUCGGUUAUAACCGGAGUCAGAUUUAGACGAGUUGGUGCACGUCUAGAUCUAGAAGCACUAACAACACCCUUUAAUUUCACAACCGGAAAACUUCAUCCCAACCCGGAAAUCUGGAGUAUUUUUGAGGGAACACCGAACCUCAAACUGCGACACAAAUUCGGACAAGAAGUUAAAUUAUCAUCACCGGAUAUUCCCACCCGGACGACAGAACCUCACAAUUUAAUCGCAACCGGAAAAUAUAUCGAUUUUACAAAUACAGAUUUGUAUAAAGAUGCAGCUCAAACCACGGUACCAUUUUUUGACGCUCAACAAGUCUAUAGCAAAAAUCCGGUACCACUUUCCGGGGUUGGGCUUUUACAUAGAGGACGCAAAGGCUCAGGAGGGUUUAUAGCCCCCAAAAUAUUCACCUAUGACUUUAGCCAACAUUUACUGAUAAAAAAUAAGCCAAAUGGACGAUUACGAAACUGAUUUGAUGAUAAGAUAACAGUAUCUGUGUUGUUGUUGUGUUAUAAAAAUAAAUGAUUUGUUUUUUC